UAAGCGAUACAAAUGCCUUACCAUAACAAAGCAACGCUCGGAGGAUUUACUUGCAUACACGUGUCGUGUGAAUAGAGCGUGUGUUGAUGCUGAAUAUACUUCGAUGACAGAAGAUCAGUUUAAGUGCCUUGUUAUGGUAUGCGGUUUAAAGGAUGAGAGUGAUCGCGAUUUACGUUUGAAGCUUUUAUCUUUAGAUCUUUUACACUAACUUUAGAGCAGCUUGCAAAUGAAUGCUAACGUUUGGUACGCGUUAAGGCAGAUAGUGCGAUGAUAGCGACUGAAGCUAGUGAAAGGGUGUUGGCAAUUAAAUCCGGACGUGUAGAUUCAUAUCACCGUAAAUCCAAUGAAGGCAAGGUAAAAGCUAACGAUUUUAAUCCUCAUGGUCAGAAACAAAGAAAUUGUAUUAAAUGUUGGUUAUGCGGAGAAGGGCAUCACGCUAACAAAUGCACCAACAAGGACCGUAAAUGUAAUCGCUGCCAUAAAUUCGGUCAUAUACAAGGUUUCUGUGCCAGUGCAGGUCGAUGGUAUAAGAAUCGAAAUCGCAAGCGUGUUAGUACUGUUUGGAUUAACAGCCUAAGGUGUAUGAACCGCAAUAGCGUGAAUGUUUUGCUAAAUGGUCUGUCUGUCCGGAUGAUGGUGGAUACCGGUGCCGAUAUCAGUAUUAUUUCGCAUGAGGAGUGGAUCCGCAUAGGAAGACCUCCAUUAAAGCCGACAAAGGUAAAGGCUAAAACGGCAUCCGGAGACCCCUUAAAGCUUUUAGGCAAUUUUAUAUGUGAAGUCGAGAUUGUAGACCAGUGCCACCAGUGUGUUAUACACGUCGCAGAAGCUGAUUUGUUGCUGUUAGGUGCGGAUUUGAUGGACAUUUUUGGUCUCUGGGAUGUGCCAUUGUCAUCAAUCUGCCAGCGCAUUGCGAAUGCAGUAACGGAUGCUGAGAAGCUGAAAGAGGCAUAUCCUGCGUUGUUUGCUGAUGGUCUGGGAAAAUGCAUGAAGACACAGGUGCAGCUAGUGUUGAAGGAAGGAGCCAUUCCGGUUUUUCGCCCAAAAAGGCCAGUGGCGUAUUCUAUGUUGCAAGCGGUUGAUGAUGAACUUCAGCGAUUGGAAAGAGAAGGUAUCGUCACACCGGUAGAAUAUUCCGAAUGGGCCUUGCCGAUUGUGGUUGUUUGUAAGGCAAAUGGAAGUAUCCGUAUCUGUGGGGAUUAUUCCACCGGUUUAAAUAAUGCAUUGAUGGCUCACCAAUACCCAUUGCCUCUUCCUGAGGAUAUUUUUGCUAGCCUGCAAAGUUGUUGCGUAUUUAGUCAGAUCGACUUGUCCGAUGCUUUCCUCCAAGUUGAGGUUGAUGAGAAGUGUCGUGAAUUGCUGACGGUGAACACGCAUCGAGGCCUAUAUAGGUAUAACAGGCUACCGCUGGGUAUCAAAGCUGCACCAGGAGCAUUCCAGCAGUUGAUGGAUACCAUGUUGGCUGGACUUGAAGGAGUUGCUGCGUAUUUAGACGACAUUGUGGUUGGAGGCAAAGACAACGCAGACCAUUCAAAGAACCUUCAAGCUGUCCUGGUUAGACUUCAGGAGUAUAGUUUUACCAUUCGGGCUGAGAAAUUUAGUUUUCAUAAGUCCCAAAUAAAAUAUUUAGAUCAUUUGCUUGAUGGAACAGGGUUGCGACCAGACCCAGAUAAAAUCUUGGCCAUCACAAAACUUCAACCUCCAACUGACGUCUCAGGAGUGAGAUCUUUUCUGGGAGCGAUCAAUUAUUAUGGCAAGUUUGUGCGGAACAUGCGAAUGUUAAGGCAGCCCCUAGAUGAUUUGCUUAAAGAGGGGAAUGUUUUUUGCUGGACCCAGAAGUGUCAGCAUGCCUUUCUACAAUUUAAAAACAUAUUGUCGUCUGAUCUUCUACUUAUGCAUUAUGAUCCACGAUUGGAAAUAAUUGUUUCAGCAGAUGCAUCGUCCAUCGGAUUUGGUGCUACAAUAUCCCAUUGGUUGCCAGAUGCGAAUGUUAAGGUAGUACAACAUGCAUCGCGUGCUCUGACAGCAACUGAACAGAGGUACAGCCAACCAGAGCGCGAAGGUUUAGCCGUCGUGUAUGCUGUUACUAAAUUCCAUCGCAUGCUUUUUGGUAGACAUUUCCGCUUGCAAACUGAUCACCAACCACUUCUACGGAUUUUCGGAUCGAAAAAAGGAAUUCCCAUUUACACGGCCAAUAGAUUUCAAAGAUUUGCACUAACACUGCUCUUGUAUGACUUUGAUAUAGAGUAUGUGGAAACAGAUAAAUUCGGGAAUGCCGAUGUUUUGUCGCGUUUGAUCAACAAGCAUGAAAAACCAGAGGAAGAUUAUGUUAUUGCAAGCAUUGAGCUAGAAAAUGAUACAGCAGCUAAUUUGCAGAGUGCUACAAAUGCUUUACCUCUGGCUUUUUGCGACAUAAUGAGAGAAACUCAGAAAGAUCCGGUGAUUCGAUCGUUAUUAAACUUCAUUAAGAAUGGUUGGCCAAAAAAGGAAGUGAAAAGUCCUGAGAUGAAAUGUUUUUUCGCAAGGCGUGAGGGCCUUUCAACGAUCGACAACUGUAUAGUUUUUGGCGAACGCGUAAUUGUUCCUGCAUGUCUACGUAGUCGGGUGUUGAAACUGAUGCAUAAUGGGCACCCCGGAAUCGAAAGAAUGAAGGCAAUAGCUAGGAGUUAUGUUUAUUGGCCCCUGAUUGAUUCAGAUAUAGCUGAAAUGGUCAAAUCUUACAAAGCGUGUGCUUCUGCCGCGAAAACUCAGCCUCAUAACGCUCCAAUACCCUGGCCUAAGUGCAGCGCUCCAUGGCAAAGAGUCCACAUGGACUUCGCUGGACCAAUAGAUGGCUUGUAUUUUCUACUAGUGAUCGAUGCUUAUUCCAAAUGGCCCGAGAUAAUUUCAACGACAAGAAUUACUGCAAAGGCCACAGUAGAAAUGCUUCGUGGACUUUGCUCUCGUUUUGGUAUGCCAAACACUAUCGUUAGUGAUAACGGGCGACAGUUCACGAGCUGGGAAUUUGAAGAUUUCUGUAAUAGUAAUGGCAUAGAGCACAUCAGAAGUCCACCGUACCAUCCGCAGUCUAAUGGCCAGGCUGAACGUUUUGUGGACACGUUCAAACGAGCACUCAGCAAAAUCAGGAAGGGGAAGGUCUCGUUGCAAGAAGCGAUAGAUGUAUUUUUGCUGACUUACAGGAGUACACCUAAUAAGCUGUUAGAAAACCAGAAAACUCCAGCGGAUGUUAUGUUCAACAGAAGGAUACGCACAACCUUAGAGCUGCUACGACCACCACUGCGACCUUCGCCAAGCACGUAUACCUCUGAGCAUAAACCCAAAAAGUUUAACGCUGGUGAUCCUGUAUAUGCGAAGCUUUAUGAAGUUAACAAAUGGAGAUGGGUUCCUGGUGUGAUUGAUGAGCAGAUCGGAAGUGUGAUAUUUAAGAUGCUUGGGGUAUUAGUCAAUGUUGUUCCUCAUCACCAGUACCUGAUACCUGUUCCAACCCUAAGCCGUCCUUGUAUUCGUCUAUAUCAUCAGACGCACCAUCCUUGA